CUAUUCUUCUUCCUCUUCUAAUCCAUUAAGAUGUCUACUGGAGCUGACCUAGAAGAGGUCCUGGUGACCAGUGGUGCCCCGGCAUUCACCGACAGUUUUUGUCCUAAUUCUCGUCAAACUCUCAGGAUUUGUUUGAACUUGAAAACGUUAAUUGACAAGGUCGUUCCUAUUUUGUUCCCCGAAAAUGAUAUUCUUGGCCAAGCCUCUCCUGUACUCAACACAAAUGUGAUUGAUUUGGCUUAUCGUGCAGCAGGUGGUAGAGGUAAUGGUGAAGUUGGAACCUCAUCUUACAAGUACAGAGGUGCUCUCGUAUUUUGUCUCUUGAAAGUUUGUGAUUGGUAUUGGCAACAGGCUGAGUUUGAAUUAUAUGACAAUGAAUUAUAUCAUUUAAGAGCUACCGUUGCUCAACAAUUAGCCAAAAUUGUUAUUGAGGAAACUACCAAUGAUGAGUAUUUAUUCUUGGGGAUGUUAUGUCAUAGAUAUAGUAUUUCCUUGAAUGAAGUUGAUUCAGUCCCAAUUUCUGUCUUGGAACUUGCUGUUGAUAUGCAUUCUACCAUUGUUAUUGGUUCUUCCGGUUAUCAACGUUGUAUCAAAUGGUUAUGGAAGGGUUGGAUUGUGCAAUCGUCAAGCGAUCCUCACUCUUAUGUCAUGUACAAGGGAAUCUCUUCACAUUCAGUUAGAACUCAUUUUGAUCCUGCUAGAGUAAAGACUCCACUUUAUCAAAAUAUCUUGGAAAUCUUCUUUAGUGUUGUUUAUUUGGCAUUAUACUCGAUUAUCCUUAAUACUCAUCAAGAAACAACCACCCCCUUGGAUGUAUUCGAAGUGAUGUUUUACUUGAUGACGGCUGGUUCAGUUUUGGAUGAAUUUGUUAAAAUCUAUCAUGUUGGUGUCAACUACUUGGGAUUCUGGAAUGUUUUCAAUGAUAUUAUGUAUGUGGUUGUUGCUAUUUCAAUUGGUUUCCGUGUUUUAAGUUUGGAUGCCAACACUUUGGAACGUCGUGAUCGUCUUGAUGAGAUUUCCUUUAGAAUCUUGAGUUGUGCUGCUCCCUUCAUGUGGUCUAGACUUUUAUUAUACUUGGAUGCUCAAAGAUUUGUUGGUGCCAUGAUUGUGGUUAUCAAAACCAUGAUGAAGGAAUCUCUUUUAUUCUUUGUGAUGUUGGGAGUUGUUAUCUUGGGUUUCACCCAAGGAUUCAUUGGUCUUGAUGCCUCGGAUGGUAAGAACGAAGCUACCAAACGUAUUGUCAUUGCCCUUAUCAAAACAGUUAUUGGGGGAAGUGGAUUUGAUGAUUUCUCAAAAUUGGUCCCACCAUAUGCGCUGAUUAUGUAUUACAUCUAUUCCUUCCUUAUUACGGUUAUUUUGAUGAAUAUCUUGAUUGCUUUGUAUUCCACUGCAUAUGCAGCAAUCGUUGAAAAUGCCACUGAUGAAUAUUUUGCAUUGGUUGCUCAAAAGACAUUACGUUAUAUCCGUGCUCCAGAUCAAGAUUUAUAUGUUCCUCCACUUAACAUUAUUGAAUUUAUUAUGAGCCCAUUAUAUUAUACUUUGAACAAACGUGUCUUUAAAUCUAUUAAUUACUAUGUGAUGUUGGUUUUAUAUUCUCCUUUAUUGGUUUAUAUCACCGUUGUUGAACUUGCCACUGCCAGAAGAAUUCAGUACAAUAGAUUCAAAGGUUUGGCAGAUGAUGCCAAUGAAUUUGACAGUGAAUGGGAUUUAACCGAUGGUUAUGACGUCGAUGCUGCCAGUGGUUGGGAAGGUAUACAGGAACGUAAUAGUGAAAUCAGUCAAGCAUUACGUGAUCAAAGAUCAGGAGAAUUACAAGAUCCAGAGUUUAGAAUUGAUUUACAAAAAUUUAAGGCUGAUAUUGAUAAAUGUGUACAACCAGUUGAACAAGCCAAUAAGUUGGGUAUCAAAUGGGAAUACUUUGAAUUAUAUCAAAAAAUUGAUAAACUUACAGAUUUAGUUGAAAGUGUUCUUGAAGAUAAUAAAUCAUUAAGAGAACAAAUUUCUAGUUCACAAGUUAAGACUGAAGUAAAAGAAGAAGAUCCAAUUAAAAAAGAACCAGAAGACAAGAAAUUGACUGAUGAUACCAAGGUUGGUGAAGCUAAGAACGAUGAUUCCAAAGACUCUGAGGGUAAGAAAUAAAAAAGCAAAAUGUGUUUUAAAAAUGGACCUCUAGAAGACAAAAUUGGUUGCAAUUAUCUAUUUGAAAAAUGAAGAUAAAUACAUAGAAAAUGUAUAUAUAGAUAGAUAUGGAAAUAUAGAC